CCACCCAAAUCAGAAACAGUCCAUCACCCUCCUCUUGAAUUUCGGAGCUCACUCUGCAGCUCAGCUUAGCUCAAUCAUCUCUACACUCGCACUCUCCACUCAGUCCGAGGCACAGGUUCCGAGUUCUCUUGACAGAGACAUUCAGUACAGGGCUUAGUUGCAAUCUACAACACAUACAGUAGUAUCAAUAUGGCAUCUAUGCAAGAAGAACGAUCCACCUCCGUAGCUGAGGAAGCGAGGCAAGGACUAGAACAGCAAGCGAGAGAGACACAGCAAAAAUUGGGAGGAUCUGAAGCAACAACAGUUAUUACUGAGCAGAUCGCCAUCCCAGCUGAGCUCAGCCAGAAGAGCAAAGAGCAUAUCGACUUUUUGGAAUCUGAGAAUGCAAGACUCAAGAAGAGCUUGGAACAAUGCGAGGAGGCCUUGGAGAUGGCGAACCAAGAGACAAGCAAGUCCAACGAGCAGCUGAAGGAAGUCAAGGGCCAGAACGCCGAGCUGCAUAACAGAAUCGCUGACUUGGAAAAUCAAGUCCAGUCCGCCGGUGCCAAGGCCAAGGAGUUAGAGAUGCUACUGAAGGAAUCCGAUCAGAAGUAUGCUGCCAUGGAGGACAAGAUGCGCGCCUACCAAGAGAAGCUGGGCGUUGCUAGGGAGGAUCGUGCUAAAUUUGAGAAGGAUCUCAAGGGAGUCCACGUCGGACUGCAGGACCGCGAAAUGAAAAUGGAAGACCUCAGCCAGCAAAUUCCCCAAAAGGAAGCUGUCAUCGACGAUGUUUCGAAGGAAAGCUUUGCAUAUGCUCAAAGUUUCCUCGUGGUUUAUGAUGAUGCAGGCAGAGGAGUUCAAAUCUCGAGCAAUUCCAGCUGAGGAGAAGGCAUCAGAGUUGGAUAGUCGUGCAACAGAGCUGGAGUCUGCCUUGGAACAAGAGAAAGAAAAGUCUGCCUCACUGGAAAGUGAAGUGAAGAGCCUGCGCGGGAAGCUUGAUGCAGAUGCAGGCCAUCACAGAGUGUUGGCUGAGCGCAUCGACGAGCUCGAGAAAGUUCUGCACGGCACCCAGGAGGAGAAGGAUGUGACAGUGAGCAACCUCGAAGGUGAAAAGGAGGAUCUGAAGGCUGCCAAGGCAGCUGUGGCUGACAAGAAGGAGAACGAGAAGGCCGAAGUUGAAUCUGCAGCUGAAGACCAAGCCGCCAAGAAAGACGAGGCACGGGCUGAGGCCAAGACUCAGGAGCAGGAGAAGAGUGGCGUGUGGUCGAAGAUGUUGGGUGCUUUCUCCAAGGCCGACAAAGAGGAGAAGAUUGCCCAGGACAAGGCUGCCGAGGCUGCCGAGAAAGGUGAAGUUGCUGCCAAGCAGGGUGAGAAGGCUGAAGAGAAAGAAUCUGUUGCCAAGAAGGCUUCCGGUAACCAAAAGACUUUGGCAGCUGAGUUGGAUGCUUCUCGCUCCAAGGCCGUAGCUGGUGAGCGCGCUGCAGAGGAACUUCAAGACAAGGAGGCUAAAUUGGAGGAAAAGGAGAGUGCAUUGAAGAACCACGGUGACAAGCUUGCGGAAUUGUCUUCCAAGCUCAAGAACUUGCGCCUGGAGCGUGACGAGGCAGUGAAGAAGAGCGAAGGCGUUGACGGCAGAAUUCAAGAUCUAGAGUCUAAAAUUGCGGAAUUGGAGUCAGAGGUGUCUGAAUUGAGGGAGACCAAUGCCGAUCUUGAGGCUCAGCUUCAGAAGGUCGGAGUCCAGGUAGAGAAACGUCAGAAGGCCGUCGCAGGUCGGGAGAAAGCUAACGUGAAGAAGUCAGAGCAAGCCCAAAAGCUUCAGCAGGAAGUGAAGGAGAACCAGCAGGAGGUGAAUGAAAUGGACAAGGAGUUUGUCGAGGACGUGAAGACAGUGUAAAUAAAAUGAAGAGAUUUCCACAUUUUUCAGGAUCAGUAGGCUUGAUGCCUACUGACCUUCUUUCGAUCAGAGUUUCAAGCUGAGGCAAGCUAGUGACAACCAUCUUCCUGCAUCGUGGAACAUGGUUUCAUAUUACGGAAACGACAAUUUGAAGUGCCAUUCUGACACUUUGACGUCACGGUUGUAGAGUACAUUUGGUAUAAAUUCUGGAUUUCAUAUUUAGCUCUUCGUAGAAACGCUUAUGGCAG